AGGCGCGCAGGAAUUGUGUCUGUUUUGUAUUUUUCACAACCAUCAUCCCUUACAGAAAUGGACAAGACCCUCAAAACCUGAGCUGGGGCGUGAGCGAGCCAACAGUCCCUGUAAAUAUUUAAAGGAGCCUCUUGAGCAUUAGAACACUGAGGUCUAUGCUCUUGAGUGUGGUCCUCUGUGGCGCCCUGAAAGAGUAGGUCUUAUUUUUAUUAUUAUUUUUUCAACUUUUAGAAAUGGAGUUGUAAUUUAUACACAGAGAAGCGCACCCAUGGCUUUUUUUAAAAAGUCGAGUUCCACUUACUUCUAAUACAAGUAGAGUAGAUACUGUGUGUUCACGGAAGAAGAUCCCCAGUGGGUAAGAGUCCACCGAGGCUUCUCAUACCUUUUCCCUGUGAGGACGGCCCCCUCUUGGGGUUGGGGAGGAACCGGGCGUUCCUAGUGGUGGCUCUUCUCGGACUCUGAACCACGUUCUCCGGGGCUUCCAGAACCAUCGGCAGGAUCUGCGUGGCAGCAGUCGUGGUCCAAACAGCCCUCUCUUUCCGGAGCCAAGCCCACGACGUUCUAGAACGUUCCCUGGAAUGCACUGUCUGUUCUCAGAGGAGAACUUACAGGAGACCUGGAAUCAGGUAGCCAGAGUACAUUCCUCCUCUCCUGCACCGGUGAGUCCCCCAGACUUUGUAGCCACGUGAGUAAAGAGGUCACGUCCUGGGGAGGGUGCGGGUGUCCUCCUGGGCCGGGGGGACCCCUGGCUGUGUCGGCUGCCCCAGAUCCCCCCUCCUCUGCCUUCCCUCUCAACUCUACCUCCCCCAUCUCUGUCUCUCUCAUUUCUGCCCCUCCCUGCGGAAUAUUCUUAGUAUGGAGUCUUCCCCGUUUUCAUCUCUCUCCCAAGGAACCGGUGGCCCUCCUGCUCAGGUCUGCGUUCCCCUCCGACACCAGGACCACUGCCCCCCCCCCCAGGCAUCUCUCCCCGCUCCCCAUCGGUGCUGUUACCCUCGGGGAGGCGCCCAGCAGCUCAGGUGCCCCCCCCAACCUCGUGAGCCUUGGAUGGUUUCCAGGAACAGAGGAGAUGAGCCAGUGGCUCUGGAUUCUCUUAUACUGAACAAAAACAGCUCAACCCUCUUCGUCAGCAUGAGUAAAUCAACGUAACAAGAUAGCUUUCACCCGCGGGUUUGGCAAAAAUUGUCAAGCUUGAUGCUAUUCUGUCCUGAGGAGGGCGCGAGGAAGACAAGCAUUCUCGUACUCCGUUGGCGUGAAUGGUAUAAGAGGGUACCUGUUUUUUUUGGAGAACAGUUGGGCAAAAGGCACCGACGUUUUUUGGGGCUUUGUUUUUUUAACGCAUUAACUUUUUGUCUCUGCUGUUUCCCUGCUAGGAAUUUGCCCAUUUGCAAAAGCAGAGCAAAGAGGAAUGCAUAAAUUUGUUCACGCCGCAGAGCAGGUGAUCGCAGAACCCAGAAUGGUCCGCAUCUUCAGUGUCUACCCGUCCGGGCGGGAUCCCUUACCUGGGGCGCAUGCGUACCACGGAGCACCGCGCAGCAUCUCAGGAGAAUGAGGGGCCCCGGGGGCGCGGGCCACACACUGCGCCACAGACCAGGCGGAGGUGAGGCGAAGAACGAGGAGCUGCGUCUUUACCACCAUCUCUUCGACAACUAUGACCCAGAGCGGCGGCCAGUGAAGGAGUCUGAAGAGACUGUUACCGUCACCCUCAAGGUCACCCUGACCAACCUCAUCUCCCUGAACGAGAAAGAGGAGACCCUCACCACCAGCGUCUGGAUUGGAAUCGACUGGCAGGAUUACCGGCUCAACUACAGCAAGGACGACUUCGGCGGUGUGGAGAUCCUGCGGGUCCCCUCGGAACUCGUCUGGCUCCCAGAGAUCGUGCUGGAAAACAACAUUGACGGCCAGUUCGGAGUGGCCUACGACGCCAACGUGCUGGUCUACGAGGGCGGCUCCGUGAGCUGGCUGCCCCCGGCCAUCUACCGCAGCACCUGCGCCGUGGAGGUCACCUACUUCCCCUUCGACUGGCAGAACUGCUCUCUCGUCUUCCGCUCGCAGACCUACAACGCCGAAGAGGUGGACUUCGUUUUCGCCGUGGACGACGAGGGCGAGACCAUCAACAAGAUCGACAUCGAUACCGAGGCCUACACUGGUGAGGCCUCCUGCUCCGAAAACCCGCCCCUAGACGGGGUCCAGGGAGGGGACUCGCCGAGUGCGGUGGCCCCAGGCCAUCGAGGCCGGGGCUGGACACCGUCAGCCGGCCUUGACCUUGCCCCUCCCCCGAAAGCACUCUCGACGGUCGCGCCCGAACCGCCUUCGCCCGGACGGCCCAGACCUCCCGUGGCCCCACCAGCUGGGGCGGGCCGGCCACACCCUCUCCCCCGCCCGGAGCCCCAGGUGUCGCGGCCAGAUGUGCGGGCCCUCGGGCCGGCUGACCGAGCCUCCCGCCCCGCAGAGAACGGCGAGUGGGCCAUUGACUUCUGCCCUGGGCUGAUCCGUCGCCCCGACGGCGCCUCCGCUGGCGGCCCCGGGGUCGUCGACGUCAUCUACACGCUCAUCAUUCGCCGGAAGCCGCUCUUCUACGUCAUCAAUAUCAUCGUGCCCUGCGUGCUCAUCUCGGGCCUGGUGCUGCUCGCCUACUUCCUGCCGGCGCAAGCCGGCGGCCAGAAGUGCACCGUCUCCAUCAACGUCCUGCUCGCCCAGACCGUCUUCCUGUUCCUGAUUGCGCAGAAAAUCCCCGAGACGUCGCUGAGUGUGCCGAUGCUGGGCAGGUACCUCAUCUUCGUCAUGGUGGUUGCCACGAUCAUCGUCAUGAACUGCGUCAUCGUGCUCAAUGUGUCUCUGCGGACGCCCACCACGCACACCGUGUCCCCUCGGCUGCGCCACGUCCUGCUGGAGCUGCUGCCGCGCCUCCUGGGCUCGGGCGCGCCCCGCGAGGCUCCCCAGACCACCUCCCCGCCCAGGCGCGCGUCGUCCGUGGGCCUGCUGCUCCGCGCCGAGGAGCUGAUACUGAAAAAGCCGCGGAGCGAGCUCGUGUUUGAGGGGCAGAGGCACCGGCACGGGGCCUGGACCGCCGCCCUCUGCCAGAGCCUGGGCGCCGCCGCCCCCGAGGUCCGCUGCUGCGUGGACGCCGUGAACUUCGUGGCCGAGAGCACGCGGGACCAGGAGGCCUCCGGCGAGGAGGUGUCCGACUGGGUGCGCAUGGGGAAGGCCCUGGACAACAUCUGCUUCUGGGCCGCCCUGGUGCUCUUCGGCGUGGGGUCCAGCCUCAUCUUCCUCGGGGGCUACUUCAACCAAGUGCCCGAGCUGCCCUACCCGCCGUGUAUGUAGACGGCUUCUCCCCCCGCCCCCAUUUCCGGAAGAAAACCGAUUUUGAAAAACAUGCUGCUGGCCCAUGCUGUAUUGUGAGCCUUUACCCGCUGCCAUAAUAAACCCGCGCUUC